GGCGGCGGCGGCGGUCCGGAUCCCGCUCUCCUGCCGGCGGGGCCCCGCUCCCGGCGCGGAGGCGGCAGGUGCCCGGGACAUGCGGCGGCGGUAGGACGCGCGGCGGCGAUGGGCGGCCGGGGGCUGCCGCUGCUGCUGGGGCUGCCGCUGCUGCUGGGGCUGCCGGCGGCGGGGCGCGCCGCCUCCAAGGCGCUGGUGUGCCAGGAGAUCACGGUGCCGAUGUGCAAGGGCAUCGGCUACAACCUCACCUACAUGCCCAACCAGUUCAACCACGACACGCAGGACGAGGCUGGGCUGGAGGUGCACCAGUUUUGGCCGCUGGUGGAGAUCCAGUGCUCCCCGGACCUGCGCUUCUUCCUCUGCAGCAUGUACACCCCCAUCUGCCUGUCCGACUAUACGAAGCCGCUGCCCCCCUGCCGCUCCGUCUGCGAGCGGGCCAAGGCCGGCUGCUCGCCCAUCAUGCAGCAGUACGGCUUUGCCUGGCCCGAGAGGAUGAGCUGUGACAGCCUGCCGGUGCUGGGGGACACCGAGGUUCUUUGCAUGGGAUACAACCACACGGAAGCCACCACCCUGCCGCCUUUCUUUGGGAAGCCCACGCGCCCUGCCAAGGACAUGGCCAAAAACCUGACGCCACUCGAUGGGCAGCGCCUCUCAGGGCUGGACUGUGGUCAGACUUGCAAGUGCAGAGCGCCCCUGAUCCCCAUCUCCAAGGAGUCCCAUCCACUGUACAACCGCAUCAGGACUGGGAAGGUACUCAACUGUGCCAUCCCCUGCUACCAGCCCUACUUCACCCAGGACGAGAAGACCUUCACUACCUUCUGGAUCGGCCUCUGGUCCAUCCUCUGCUUCCUCUCCACCUCAACCACUGUGGCCACCUUCCUCAUUGACAUGGAGCGCUUCAAGUACCCUGAGCGCCCCAUCAUCUUCCUCUCUGCCUGCUACCUCUUCGUCUCCGUGGGCUACAUCGUGCGGCUGGUGGCAGGGCAUGCCAAUGUGGCUUGCAACCCGGAGCACCAUCACAUCCAUUAUGAGACCACAGGCCCUGCUCUCUGCACUGUGGUUUUCCUUCUCCUCUACUUCUUCGGUAUGGCCAGCUCCAUCUGGUGGGUCAUCCUGUCCCUCACCUGGUUCCUGGCAGCUGGCAUGAAGUGGGGCAAUGAGGCCAUUGCCAGCUAUUCGCAGUACUUCCACCUGGCUGCCUGGCUCAUCCCCAGUGCCAAAUCCAUUGCUGUACUGGCACUGAGCUCUGUGGACGGUGACCCGGUGGCCGGGGUUUGCUAUGUGGGCAACCAGAGCCUGGAGAAUCUGCGGGGCUUUGUGCUGGCACCACUUGUAGUUUAUCUCUUCACCGGCAGCCUCUUCCUGCUGGCUGGCUUCGUCUCGCUCUUUCGCAUCCGCAGUGUGAUCAAGCAGGGCGGCACCAAAACUGACAAGCUGGAGAAGCUGAUGAUCCGCAUCGGCAUCUUCACCGUGCUUUACACUGUGCCUGCCACCAUCGUCAUUGCCUGCUACAUCUAUGAGCAGCACAACCGAGAGGCCUGGGAGCAGGCACAGAACUGCUCCUGUCUGGGGGACCCUCACCGCCCCAAGCCUGACUAUGCUGUCUUCAUGCUUAAGUACUUCAUGUGCCUUGUGGUGGGGAUCACCUCCGGCGUUUGGAUCUGGUCUGGCAAGACACUCGAGUCCUGGAGGCGCUUCACCACCCGCUGCUGCCGGGCCAGGAAGCCUGCGGGUGCCUCUGUGUACGGUGAGGCCAGCCCAGCACUGGUGGGCAGGACGGUACUGCCCAGUAUGGCCUCCUACCACAAGCAGGUCCCACUGUCCCAUGUGUGACCAGAGGGAGCUUUGGUGACCCCAGCCACAGGGAGGAGAGGGUUGCGAAGACCCUGGGCCACAGAAGAGAGGGUGACAGCUGGGCUAUCCCUGGCAUCUUCAUCCCCACUGUGGUGGUGCUGCCUGGGACCAUGGGCACAGAGCAGCUGCAGCCCCAGGCAGGGCAGGAGGAGGUGCUGCCGACUAUGUCGGGGCAGAGGGAUGGGGAGGUCUGGAGCCUGGCACUGCCAUGUAUGCCCCAUUUGGAGUCCCACAUCCUGGUUGGAGUUCUGGGAUGCUGCUGCCUGUGGGCCCGUCGGGUGGAAGCAGGCUCUCAAGCACUGAUUUGUGUUCCACAGUGAGCCUCUGGGCAGGUCUUGCUGGUGCUGGGGUGAAAGGCAGAGCUGUAGCAGGCAGGGCAGAUGGUGGCCUCCAACUCCAGGUGGGGGCUGGCACUGCCGCUGAGCCCCUCACUAAAGCCCAGAGAGUGGUCAGGGGGAGGUGGCAGGGGGGGUGCUGCUUCUCUGGGUGCCCUGGGCAGAGCAGGAGCCUGCCCUCAGUGCCCCCAGAGCCCCCAGGCACAGCUGCAUAUUGAGGAGAAGCCUGGGGGCCCUGGUGUGAGGCAGCCGCAUGCCCUGCUCACAGCAGCACAAUGAGCAGGGGAGGAGCUGUGCGGGCUGGGGGCUUCAUGGGUGGUG